AUGUUUGUAAACUGGUCUGAACUCCUUUCUUGGAUCAGAGCUCCAGCUUCUACCAAGCUUUCUCUUCUUCGAAAGCUAGCAGCCCACACAGUGGUAUAUCACCUCUGGAAACAGAGGAACAACUUGGUUCACAAUCAAGUUUCUAUCACACCGCAGGCAUUGUUCUACAGCAUUGAUAAAGAGCUACGGAACAUCAUCUCUGCAAGGAGGCAUAUGAAGCAUUUUGACCCUCUCAUGGCCAUGUGGCUGAGAUAA